UCAGCGACUUAUAGCAAGACUGCGGCGGACAUUCUGACACUGGUGGGGGGAACUAACAUGUUUCACUGACAUCCCCAGUGACACCAAUACAGUGAUCAGUUGUAAUAAAAAAGCUCUGACACUGUACUAAUGGCACUGGGCAGGAAGGGGUUAACAUGUGAGGAGAUCAAAGGGUUAACUGUGUGCUGUUUUACUGUAAGCUGUGUUGCUUUGCAUGGCUCUCCUAUCCAGAGCCAUAUAAAGCAGUGUGCAGGAGCUGACAGGGGAGAGAACUGUUUUGUUUACUUACAGUUCUCUCCCUCCAUUUGUAAUGCUCUUCGAUCACUGGGUGUUGGCGAGUAAUCACUGGCCAGGACCUGGUGAUUGAUAGCCGA